AGUAUGCGCAAUAGCAAAGGGGCGUUAAAAGGGACGCCAUAUUGAUAUAUCCGUUUAGAGAAAGUAACAAAUAUCAUAGGGCCAAAAUAAUUGAAAUAAUCCUAGCCAUCCGGCGACGUAUCAACGAAAUAUAAAUAUAGAACGUAUCUAGACUCUUUCAAAAUUAAUUUGUACUUUUUAUUUUAAUUUUUUGUGAUUCUGAAGCGUAUAAGGAGCCUUUUGUUUACAGCUAGUAUCCUUACGGGAAAACGUAGACGAUGACGAAGGACGAUGAGUAUGAUUAUUUAUUUAAAGUUGUUUUGAUUGGUGACUCUGGUGUUGGCAAGAGUAACCUGUUAUCGAGGUUUACCCGAAAUGAAUUCAAUUUGGAAAGUAAAAGUACUAUUGGUGUAGAAUUUGCCACUAGGAGUAUCCAAGUAGAUGGAAAAACUAUCAAAGCUCAGAUAUGGGACACUGCAGGCCAGGAGCGAUACCGAGCAAUUACUAGUGCAUAUUACAGAGGAGCAGUAGGAGCACUACUAGUCUAUGAUAUUGCCAAACAUUUGACUUAUGAAAAUGUAGAAAGAUGGUUAAAAGAAUUGCGAGACCAUGCAGACAGUAAUAUAGUCAUUAUGUUGGUUGGCAAUAAAAGUGAUCUUAGGCAUCUACGAGCUGUACCAACAGAUGAAGCCAAAGCAUUUGCAGAGAAACACAACCUUUCCUUCAUAGAAACAUCAGCUUUAGAUUCAACUAAUGUGGAAGCAGCCUUUCAAAAUAUCUUAACAGGUAGGAUGAGCUUUUUUCAGUAUCUUUUCAGCUUGAUUAUUGUUUUGUUGCUAGGAAUCUAAUGAAAUAGAAGAAAA